UCCACGGCCAACAAACAAACAACAAGCUCUGCCUGCCUUGCCUCCUCUCCUAAAGCCUCUGUUUGUUGCUUUUACUGCUGCUGCAUGGACGGCCCUUGAUCUCUCUCUCUCUCCCCCUCUUCCUCCUCACUUCCCAAUCUCUCCUCCUCUCGCAGCUUAUUCGAGAAAUUUUCUGUUGCCAACCUUGUAGCUGUUGAUCUUUCGGUCGGAAAGAGCAUUUCGGGUACUUCCUCUCACAUAUAUAGUAAAUAUUAAGUAUUUUGAGGAGCAAUGUCUCCCCCGUUAACUGCUAUGGAGGACGAAGGUCAGAAUGAUGUCUCUGUAGCAUCCUCCUCUACUGUCGACUGUGACUUGCAAUCUGGGUUGGGCUUGAAAGAGAGAAACUACCUCGGUUUGUCUGAUUGUUCCUCCGUGGACAGCUCCAGGGUCUCUACUCUGUCCAACGACAACAAGAGCAACCUUAACUUAAAGGCCACUGAGUUGAGGCUAGGACUCCCUGGGUCUCAGUCCCCUGAGAGAGACCCGAGUCAGCAAUUUGUGAGCUCAGGGAAGCUAGAUGAGAAGCUACUUUUCCCAUUGGUUCCUUUAUCACAGACCAAUGUUGUUUCUGGCAGUAAAAGAGGGUUCUCAGAAGUUAACAAUUCUAUCCCUAAAGAAGGUAACUGGAUGUUUCAUGCCUCGGAGAAUGAUGUUUCAGGUUCAGGCAAUCCAGGGAUAAACAUCAAGCAGUCAUUGGGGCCUGCUUGUGCUCAGUCGAAUAUGGGGAAUGAAAUACAGUCAAAGGGGUCAAAUGAACAUUCUCGUGUGAUUAAUCAGAAGAAUGCUGCUAGUAAUGCACCAGCUGCCAAGGCUCAGGUUGUUGGUUGGCCCCCUAUAAGAUCGUUCAGGAAGAAUUCGCUGGCAAGUGCUAUGAGGAACAAUGAUGAGGUCGAUGGGAAACCGGGUCCUGGUGCUCUGUUCAUCAAGGUCAGCAUGGAUGGUGCUCCAUACUUGAGGAAGGUUGACCUCAGAAAUUAUUCGACCUACCAAGAAUUAUCUUCUGCUCUCGAGAAAAUGUUCAGUUGCUUCAUUGUAGGUCAAUGCGGAUCCAAUGGAACUCUUGCAAAAGAAACCAAAGCUGAGGGAAACUCAAAGGAUCUUCUUCAUGGAUCAGAGUACGUGCUUACAUAUGAGGACAAGGAUGGUGACUGGAUGCUUGUCGGCGAUGUUCCAUGGGAGAUGUUUAUGAAUACAUGCAAGAAACUGAAGAUUAUGAAGGGGGCUGAUGCCAUAGGUCUCGCACCUAGAGCAGCAGAGAAAUCCACCACUCAACACUGAUGCGCUCGUGUUGGUCCCUUCCUUUUCGACAUAUCCCCUGUGAAAAUGCUCUAGGAGUUGCACAAUGUGGCAUGAAGAGAAGGCUUUCUGUCCCGCAGGAUCUUCAUACAUGAUGGUUCCACUCAAGUCUUGUUUUUGCUGUCCCAAGUCUUAUGAGUGUUCCUUUUCGAAGCUUUGUGUUUUUGACCAGUCUCGUGUAACAUCCGUAACAGUUGCAAGUGAUUUAUCUAUAGUACAGAAUUUGACAAUUCGUGGUUGCUUCUUC